UGUUUAUUGAAAUUUGACUUUUAGGGAAUGACAAGGUUAUAAAAAGUUUCAAUUCAAUUCACCUUCAAUAGUUCGUUAGAAGACUUCAAUAUUUCCAAAUUUCCGAUUUUCAUACGAAAUACAAUGGCUAAAUACAAGGUAGUGAUGGUUAGACAUGGCGAAAGUGAAUGGAACCAAAAAAACUUGUUCUGCGGAUGGUAUGAUGCUUCGUUGAGCCCUAAAGGUGAAGAAGAAGCAACAAGUGCUGGUAAAGCAUUGAAACAAGGCAAUUACAAAUUUGACAUAGCCCACACGUCCGUAUUGAAGAGAGCACAAAACACUCUGGGUGCAAUAUUAAAAGAACUUGGACAAGAAGACAUUCCGAUAUCUAAAACUUGGCGUUUGAAUGAAAGACAUUAUGGUGGCCUUACUGGAUUGAAUAAAUCUGAGACUGCAGCCAAAUAUGGUGAAGAACAGGUUCAAAUAUGGAGACGUAGUUUUGACACUCCUCCACCAGCCAUGGAUACAGACCAUGCUUACUAUGAUCAAAUCGUAAAUGACCCACGCUACAAAGAUGAACCUUCAAAGGAGGAGUUUCCUAUGUUUGAAUCAUUGAAAUUGACAAUUCAGAGGACAUUGCCUUACUGGAAUGAUGUAAUUAUUCCUCAAUUAAAAGAAGGAAAACAAAUAUUGAUAGCUGCUCACGGAAACAGUCUUAGAGGAAUUGUCAAACAUUUAGACAAUUUAACAGAAGACCAAAUCAUGUCUCUUAAUUUACCUACUGGUAUACCAUUUGAAUAUGAAUUAGAUGAAAAUUUUAAGCCCGUGGUUUCAAUGAAGUUUUUGGGUGACGAAGAGACUGUGAAAAAGGCAAUUGAAGCUGUUGCUGCACAAGGCAAAGCAAAAUGAUCGUUGAACAAAAACAAACCUAAUCAACUAAAAAAUAAUUUAAAUACUUAUUAGUUGCAUAAAAUUUUUAAAUGUAUUCUUUACAUUGUAUGUUAUUAAA